UUGUCAAAGUGGUUCCACAGCUCUCUUCGCCACGCUGACACCUGUAAUCCCAAGACUCCACCGUCACCAUGGUUGUUUGCCGCACCGAACCAGCGACUCCGUCCUUAAAGCACCCUAUGCGAUUCCCUCAGCAGCCACACUGCUCGAUUGCUUCCCUUUCUCACUUCUCACUAGUCAGUUCAACACCCAUUACGCUAAACAUCCGAUCAACGAAACUAUGAGCCAGCAACAACCACGACGGCCUAAGCCCGAUCAUUCCCGUGAUCAAGAACCUAUUAAGUAUAGCGACGUUUUUAGCGUCACCGGUGAACUCGCUUCGAAACCUAUUGCACCACAAGAUGCGGCCGCCAUGCAGUCGGCCGAGACCAGGGUCCUUGGACAAACGCGAAAAAGUGGUCCCGCAGCUGUCAUGGAAUCUGCAGCCGCCGCCAAUGAGAGGGCAGGCCUCGUUCGCCACGAUCAAGCAAACGUUACCGGAGAUGAAGGCGUCACCGUAACUAAGACCAACGCGGGUAGUGAAGCUUGGAUCACGGAAGCCGUUGAGGGACAGGUUGUUGGGCAAUACAUUCAACCCGAAGUUCCGGCGGUGAACAAUCCAUCGGUUACUCCUGACCCGAUAACAAUCGGAGAAGCUUUGGAGACGGCGGCCUUAUCUGCUGCUGAUAAAGCAGUGGAGCUGAGCGACGUGGCCGCAAUUCAAGCGGCUGAGAGGAGAGCUACUGGCAUUAACGAGACACUGCCGGGCGGAGUAGCCGCUGAAGCCCAGUGUGCAGCCACUCGGAAUGCCCGAACCAUGCGGUUUGAAGAUAAAACCACCCUGUCCGACGUUUUAUCUGAUGCAACUACGAUGUUGCCUAGGGACAAGGCAGUGACCCCUGAAGAUGCAGACAGGGUGGUAGCCUCGGAGCUGAGAAAUAAUCCAUACAUGAGUACCGCGCCAGGGGGAGUGGCUGCUUCCAUGGCUGCUGCUGCUAGGCUUAAUCAAAACUCCACUACUUAAAUCUUUGGAGAUAUAUAUCCUACUUGUGUGUUGGUUAGUUGUUUACUUGAAGCCAAGUUAUGUUUGGUGUACAAGCUUUUUUAAUUUUGGUUGUGGUUUCGGGUAGUAUGGUGAUAUAUAUACAGUUGGUUUGAAAUAUAUGCAUACGUAUUUCCUGCUUUCAAUGAAUGCUCGUGUUUCUUCA